UGCUCCAAUCUGUUUAGUAUACAUUGCCAUACACACAAAAAGAGUGGAACGACAGAAGAAUGAUUGCAGCACUAUAAAAUCAAUGCUAUAGAAUAUGUCACCGUGCAUUUACUUAAACAACACAACUGAUAUUGAUUUUACAGCAUAGUAAAAGCUUUAGCGAUUACAGGUACAAUAAAAUGUAAGGAAUACAGGAUAUAAGCCGUCAAAAAAGGUAUCUUAUUGAGACUUAAAGUGACAGAGAUGAUUGGUUGCUGGUUGGACAGUUCAUUUCCAUUUUUCUUUCAGUGUUUAUGCAUCUUUGGUAAGAUGACUUGGAGCUUGAGCAGGUCAUUCACAGGGCAGUGACAGAACUGUCAUUUCUGUAGCUAUAAUUGCAUUAGAAAGAAGAGAAACAGAGACACUGGGCAUUGAUGUAUUAUCCAAUGGAUAGAAGAUACAAUUUUUCCCCUGACUCUGAAAGGGGUAUCCAUGGUUCAGCUAUAUGUUAUACGGUAUGUUUCAGCAGAUAAUCACCCUGUAUUCAGGCUUUUCUCUUGUCUGAUUCAGUCAAGCUUGGUGACAGCAAAAACUGGUUAAACUAAGUUUUAACCAUCCAAAAUCCUUGUAUAGUAACAGUUACAUGAGUGUUUACAUUUGUUUUUGGACCCAUUCAGUGCAGUGGCUAUUAUCUAUACAGGGCCUAUUACAUGGGAAUUAUCAGUGUGGUUUAUCGUCAUAAAACACAUUUCUUUCAUUUCUAUUUUUCAGUGCACAAACAUCAAUGAAUUGUGUUUUAUGAAGUCAUCACAAAGUGAGAUUGGUUAUCAUUUACAGUAAGUAUCAGGCACUUGAUAUUUUUUCUAUAUAUGUUGCAUUGACUAUCACAGGUAGAGUCUCAUAUGUGAAUUGAGAUGAGAAUGUGUUCCAUUCCUUGUAUUUUGUCAUGGUGACAACCUGUUUAAUGUCAGGCCCUGGAUUGAAACAACCCUUCCACCUAACAAUGGCCUACCACUUAUAAAAAUCACUUAAUAAGAGCACCUCUGUUCAAGAUAUUGAUUGCAUCUGUCAGAGUUGCACAAGCUUGUUCUUACAUGAAACCAGAACACUUUUGGAGGUGUUAGAGGUAACAUUAUUGUUCUGGGCCAAUGAAAUUGACUUAUUAAGAUUUUUGUUCACUUUUUUUUAAUACAUAAGUUAAUAAAUCUUAAGAGAGAUGAAAUAGUAUGAUGAUUGAUAGCUGAACAGAUUAUCUCUCUUUGAUGGGACCAGAGCUCAGGAUCAUAUUGAGUAACGAGUAAGAGUUUAUGGCUGAUCUGUACAAAUGCCAUGUGAAAUAUGAUUCACGUGCUCAAAAUACAAUAAAACACUAAUAAAAAAAAAAAAGAAAAGCUCGCAGUAUCAUUGUUGCAAACUCACUCUUGUCACAUUUUAGCCUAAAUUACUGUCUUCAUAUCUUUGGUUAGCUAGAUUUCAGAAACACCAGGAUGUAGCCUUGGCAGAUGGUGAUGGAUGAGUUUCCAGACAGGAAAUGUGGAAAAAGUUUUGACUUGUCCUGCAGUAUUAAUCUUUCUUGCUCUUUUAUUUUAGCUAUCUGGCUGACAUUCUGACACCCUUAAAAGUAACCAAACACAUCUUUUUAAAGGAAUUACUUGUAUGGCAUUUUAAUUAAAUAAAGUUUUCUUGAUAAACCUGCUAUAAUUUUAAAUUUAAGCUUAUAACUUUGUAUUCACUCCUAAUAAGGUUUAGGAUCCUAAAUAGCACUGUAUUUGAUAGUGUGUUCAAUUUUAUUGCAGAACAUACGGUGAAAACAAUACAUUUGAAGAGUAUUGUAUCCCUGAACCCUGUGUUUGUAAUGUCAGGGUUUAUCCAAACUAAAUUGAACAUCCUGUGAGCAUAUGAGGAUAAAGGGUGGGAAGGAAACUGACAACGAGAGACAGAAAAAGUGGCAGCAGGCCAGACUACAGAAGAGAACAGCAUCAAAUAGAGUGAAAGGGACAGAGUGGUGGAGAACAUUUUUGCCUCUUUAAGGUGAAGAUGUUCAGUAUGUUUGCCGCACAAUAAUAUUCCUUUUUCUCUUUCUUUUUUUACCAUUAAUAGGUCUUUAAGAAGGUCUUGAUUACAGCAUUUCUGUUUCACCUGGGAAAGACUUUUCUACACUGUAAAUCAACAUCUCUCCCCUCUACAUGUGCAGAUCCAGCCCCAAAACCAUGGAGAUGACCCAGCUGGAGAGGUCAUUGAAUGUAAACCUCACAUCAACAUCAUUCCCUCCCCUAACAACAAACACUUCUCCACCAUACCGUGAGCCUUAUUUACAUAGAUUGGCCCAUUUGGAUGAAGGCCUCUAUAAUGACUUUUACAGUCUGUGGAUUGCUCUGGUGGUCAUCAACACCCUUAUCUUUAUGGUAGGGAUGACCCUCAACAGUCUGGCCUUGUAUGUCUUCUGCUUCAGGACUAAACCAAAGACUACAUCAGUCAUUUACACCAUUAACCUGGUAGUGACAGAUCUGCUGGUUAAUCUCUCCCUUCCCACUCGUAUCUUGUUGUACUACAGUGGGGGAAAGUGCCUCAACUGUUCCUAUUUGCACAUAUUCAGCUACUUUGUCAACAUGUACUGCAGUAUCCUCUUUCUUACUAGCAUCUGUGUGGAUCGCUACUUGGCCAUAGUGCAAGUGGAGGCCUCACGGAAGUGGCGAAACCCGAAUGUGGCCAAAGUGUUAUGUGUCAGCAUUUGGCUGUUUGCCAUCAUUGUGACUUACUCAUUUCUCACAACGGCUUUCAAGCAAUCAGCCUGCUGCCUCUCCAAACUCUUUGUGUUGACCAUAUUUGAGUUCUUCCUACCAAUGGUGAUCAUUGUAGUGUUUACUAUCAGAAUCAUGUGCGCCCUAUCCAGCCCAGGCCUUCUACAGCAAAGCCGCAGCAGACGCAUGAAAGCUGUACAGCUGCUCUCAACAGUGCUGGUGAUCUUCACCGUCUGCUUCACACCAUUUCACAUCCGUCAGGUUCUGGUCUACUUCCAUCCUGAUCUGCCCCAUAAUGUGAUCAUGUACCAUGUGACCGUCACUCUCAGCAGCCUGAACAGCUGCUUGGAUCCUGUGGUCUACUGUUUCGUCACCACUAACUUUCAGUCUACUAUGAAGAGAUUUUUCAGGAAGACAGAAAGAGAGCAGACAAGUGGCGACAUUAUCAGUGUACAGAAAAGUUCUAAGGGUUCAGGCACAGUGAUUGCUAUUGCUCAUAGUACGAGAAGGAUAAACAUGAGCCCUGCCGAGCAGGGAAGCCAACCAGCAUAAGGUUGUAGCCCUGUACAGUAUUUAAAGGGUUGCCAUUACCAUGCCGUACUAAGGCAGAACCAUUGGCACGGAUGGACGUUUUGACUGAUCUGUGUUAAUUUGCAUUUAUGAGUUGUUUCUUUAUGAACCAUAAAAAUAUGGCGGCAAAUCAGUGGCAGUAAUCCAUGCUCGUUAUUGACGCUCGCAUGCGUGAUAGAUUUAAGCCACGUGAGGAAAAAUAAAGAACUCGCGUGCUUGUUUUAACCCCUCAGGUGCACGAAAUCUCCUGCGCAUGCAAUACAAACUCUCACUCGCGAAUAAACCUCUUAAAACUUAAAACUUUGCUCAUGAGAACACCUUUUAAUUUUGUGGGUCUGGCUCUUGCUCCUUUGUCUGUAACCUCAAAUAUCAUGGGUUAUUCCCUUUUCCAGGAAGUUAGUUGUGAUUGGUUCCCUUUUAUUUCGAAGAACCAUAACAAACUCGCCUGUUCUUCGCGAGAGACAAGGCUUCAUCAAGGGACACUGCAUGUGAGUCAUUGUUACUUUAUUUGUUGCUAAUUCUACAUAUAAUAACAGGGCUGAUGUAAUGUUAUAUAAUGUAUGUAAGCGCUGUGUAUCUUUGCCAGACACUUUAAAAACAGGAAGUUGACCAGCUAAUUGUUGCAUUCCUGUGAAGUAACUAUAGAACUUUAAGAACUGCUAUUUAUUUAUAUAUAAUAUACAAUCUGACUUUUGUCAUUGCAGUUGUAAGACACUUUAUAAUUAAUUGGAAGGUUGUGAGCCCAGGAAAAUAAAUCAUAGCAUUAGUAACAGGAGGAUGCAACGUGUCUGCAUCUUCACUGGUGACUUUAAACCACUGAUUUCAAGUUGCUAUAUGGUGACUGUCUUUAGUUUGCAUAAUGUAUGUCACUUUAGAUAAAGUAAAUUAGUGUACAUAUAAAUAAGCAUGCAAUAUAAACAUUUUAGAGAAAGCAUUUUUUGUUAUCAGCCUAGAUAUUGCUGUCUUGUCACUAUGAGUGGUUGAUUGUUUUAUUUUGCUUUCCAUCCCUUGUACAAGGGUUCCUACCUACACAUCACCCACAGCUAUGCUUUUAGGCCUAAACUGUACCUAAAUUGUAAUUAAUAGCUGUAGUUUACUACACCAGGGGCAUUUUAGCCUUCUUCACAGGAUACUUUUCAGAUGACUCUUUUUAGAUCAUUGCUGUCAUACAAAUGUAGAUGUAGAUAAUUUAACUCUAAAUGUGAGGGAACAUAAACCACCUCAGAAAAUGAAUUUGUUGUUUUUUAACACAUUUUCCAAGACUCAAAAAAUUCAAUUUCACACUAUUUUAAAUACUGUUUUUAUUUUUAAUCUUACAGUUUCUCCCAUGAAAAUAACAUACAAGAUAUGACCAUUUAUUUCAAGGUCUGUGGCCUUCUCACAGUAUGCCACGAUGCUAGACAAAGAUGGUGAAGUAAUGCCAGAGCUUUUAUUCCAAGUCACUUGACCCGAGUAAUUGCAGAUCUCUUUUGAAUGAUAUUUGACCCACUUACAGUCCCUCCCCCAGGCCUCUCAAAUAUCUGUUGCCCUCAUAUGAAACAAAAAACAUUUAAGGGUUAAGAUCACUAGGUGAUCACUUAUUACUUUGUAAUAUUUGUUGCAUGUUUCAAUUAUAUUUUGUUCUUUAUUCUGCAACACAUUCUGAAGCGCCAUCUUUUGGAGCAACUUCUCUGUGAGAGAGCACUUUUGAGAACUCCACUUGACCUGGAUUACAUGGAGUUUGUGUGUCGUCAGCAGCUGUAUCUCUUCAUUUGUAGAAACAACUCAAAACUGUUUAAAAAACUGAAGCCCUUGUGGCCUUAUACUACAAAUAAAGCAAUAUUAUUAUUAUGGUAAAUGAUAAUUACGAAAUUCCAUUGUGAUACAGAAGUGCAAUAUUUAAUUCAAUGACAUGCCACUCAAAACGAUUUACUUACCAAUCUGAGAUAUUGAACUAGACUCAUUAGCUAGAGCACUAUGUAGAAGGGAAAUAACAUGCCUAGUAGGAUCCUGCAACUUGGCCUAACAUGCAUGAAAAGAGAAACCAGUGUUAGGCAUGCAGAGGGUCCCUUGAUGAAGUAAUGUCUCACAAAGUACAGGUGAGUUUGUUAUGGUUCUUCGUAAUAAAAGGGAGCCAAUCACAACUGAUUUCCGGGAAAGGGGAAUAACAAAUGAUAUUUGAGGUUACAGACAAAACAGCAAGUGCCCGCCCCACGACUGACAAAAUUAAAAUGUGUUUGCUCAAGCAAAGUUUGAAAAAUGAUUUUGCUCGCGCGAGAGUUUGUAUUGCAUGCGCAUGAGAUUUCGUGUGUGCCAGGGUUAAAAAUGAGCGCGCCAGUUCUUCCUUUAUCCCUCGCGAGGCAUUAAUCUAUCGCGCGCGGAUUAUUGCCAUUGAUUUGCCACCAUAUUAAUACCUUUACAUGGAGAUGGAGUAAUUUUAUUUGCUGUCUUUGUACUUGCUUUCAAAUGUGAAAACGGUUUCACAGUUAUACUACAUUCAUCAAUAUUGCACCAAAGAGCGAAGCAACAAUGCUUAAAUAAUAACAUACCACAGCAUUUCAGAGCAUGCGAUUUCAGAGCAUAAGUAACAUACUACAGUGUAAAAAGUGCUAUCCUGCGAUUGUUACCUUAAGGAGCAAUUAUUAUUAUUAUUAUUAUUAUUAUUAUUAUUAUUAUUAUUAUUAUUAUAUAACCUAUUCUACCUGAUUUAACCAAUAAAAUUUGUUUUGUUGAUGUAACCUAAUGUAGUAAUAUUGAUUCAGUAAUUGUUAUUUUAGAUGUUAUUGCCUGAAGCACAGAUGACACCUUUUUCCUGAACACAGAAGUGUUCCAAGAUUCAUAAUAGUGAUGGGAAGAUCGGAUCAUUUUACUGACUUGAAUCUUUGAGUCUCGUUCAGCAAAAUGAACGAAUCUUUAGUCAAGUCAUUUCGUUCAUUUGAGCAGAAUUAAAUUAAAAUGUUACAUUAAUAGACAAAUCUCCCCCAACACGUCUAACGCAAAUUUUGAUUAUAGUCCCAAUAAGGAAAAAUUGAUAAUGCAGCCAAGGAAAUAUUAUGAGAAACAGAAAUGAUUAAUUCACCUCUGGAAUCUUCUUGUCCGAGUAGUUCGUUCUUUUGUCACGUGAGUGUAUAGUGUAUAUGACUGUCACGUGACAAAAGAACGAACGACUCGGAUCAAAAGACCCGAGAGGUGAACUAAUAAUUUCUGUUUCCUGUACAGCGCCUAUGAGGUUUUCACAUAAAAGAACGGACGUUUCGCAAUGCACAUGCGCGGCCAACACAAAAUGAACGAAUCACUCUCUGAGACUUCUCGUUCUUCUGAGCCACAUAAAAGAGUAGUUCAAAAUGAACUAAUCGAUUAUGAACGACUCAUCACUAAUUCAUAAGGGAUGCCUGUUUUUGUUUUCCGUGCUCCAGUGUUUUCACUCGCAUCAGCGUAAGUUCUUAGUGGAUGUUAAGCGUAUUAAAUUUAAACUACUUUCAGUUGUUAUUACAGACAACAACUGGCGCUGCACAAGUUGAGCCUGAACUCAUUUUUACACAAACUAACUCUUAAAGUGGUUGUUGUUCUGGUGGAAAAUUGUGGUUGUCUUAAAUCCUCCUGUUGGUAAUUUUAAAAAGUCAGUGGCUAUUAGAAUCACUAUGGUGCCACCCAUCAGGAAAACAGUGGGUAAACUACAGUAUAGCUGUAGGAAAUAAGUGCUUGCAAGGUAGCAAAAAUAAAUACAUAAAAAAUGUGUUACAAUUAUGGUAUGCUUGGGGUUUAGGCUUUGAUUCUGUGUAAAUGAAAUGCUACAUCAGACCCACUUUUCUGUUGUCAUGAAACUCAAAGCAUGUUUAAUCAGUUGCACCAGAGACUUUUUAGCCCAAGAUGGAGCACUUGUAUUAAAAUGAAUGGGAGAAAUUGCAACUCCCAAUAUGGCGGAUGUAGAAAAGAAAGUCCUGCCUUACAGUUAAAGAGCCAAUCACCUUUUAGAUAGAAACAUCGCCUGUCAGUCAAAUUAGGAACGUACAUGCGCAUUAGCUGGACCAGCCUCAAAAAUAUUUUGUGUGUGUGUGUGAUCUGAGAUAAAUCAGCACAAUUAAUAAUACCAUUUUUGUCAGAUUUAACUGCUUAUUUGAAAUAUAUUCUUUGAUCGUUAUUUUGACCAACUUUGGAGAUUUAGGUCUUUCCCCAUUAAAGUAAAUAGGAACUGUACUUUUAUGCGGCAUGUAUCCAUAGAAAAUAGCUGCCUGAUAGCGUUUCCAAAGAUGGUUGCCGAGUGGACUGACUUGCCUUGAAAGGGAUUUUGGCCAGAACCCCUCUGCUAUGGGGGAGCUUUCAAAAUUAGUCAACUAUAGCAUAACAUUGGCAGUAGACUGAUGAGGAGACCAGAGGCCGUUCUUUUUGAAUGGAUGUUAAUGGAGGAAAUCCUUCAGUACGCCGAAUAAACUGCUUUUGUGAGGAAACAGCUCACAUUUAAUGAAUUAAUCACCUGUCCGCUAAUUUUCAACAUGUUUUACACUUAAUCCAUUUGGAGUGAACUGUGUGUUGAGAUUAUCACAAAUAAAUGCUGUUUUAUAA